CAGCACCCCAACCCAUCUGCAACCACGUGAACUGCCUCAACCGCAGCGGAUUCUGGAAUAGUAUCAGGCCUUCAUGAUGACGAGCAGUAGGAAAUGCUCCCUCCUCUCACGCCUGCGGAGACACGGCUCGUUUAGAGCAGUCCAUCUCUCCAUUAUAGACAGACCUUGACCAAGCGAGGCCCAAAUGGGUAAUGAGGUCAUCAUGACAGGAACUCCAGAUCUACCCCCGAGUGACACUCGAUCUAAUAUCAUGUCUCACUAUUAAGCCCGCUCUCAAAUGCUCUCUGUGUGAAGCGGGCUACAUCAAUCACAAUGCCGAACCAAAUCGUCCGCGUCCCUCAGCUAGGCGGCACCGACGCCGCAUACCAGAUCUCGCAGCCCUACGAUCCUGCGAAACCCACGAUCGUGCUGAUCAACUCAUUCACGACUACCUCAGAGCUCUUCCAGGCCCAGUUCUCCGAUUCAAGGCUUACAGACAUCGCCAACCUGCUCGCCAUUGAGCCCCUCGGUCAUGGGCAGACACGCGCCAGACGCGAGAGCUGGACGUACUGGGACUCGGCGGAGAUGAACUUCCAGGUCAUGGAUGCGCUGCGGAUCUCGAAAGUCUUCGUCCUAGGGACUAGUCAGGGGGGAUCUAUCGCAGCACGGAUGGCGGUUCUGAGACCGGAAAAGAUCAUCGGGCUCAUCCCCAUAGGAACAUCACUAGACUCCGAAUCCGAACGCUCCCGACAACUAGGCUGCUGGGACGCCCCUGGAGUCCUCCAGUCCAUCAUCAUGCGCUGGACCGUAAAGAAUCCCACGCCCGACUUCGAACCGGACACGAAAUACUGCGACUUUCUGAUCGACACGGGCUUCAACGACUGUUCCCUGCAGACGCGCGAGUUCUGGCGCAACUCCAUCAAAGCGAACUAUCAGGGCGACGCUGGACGGAAACGCAUCCGCAUGGCUGCGAUUAAUCUGGCGGAGCAUGACGGCUUGCAUUUGCGGUUGCCGGAGGUUGGCUGUCCUGUUCUCUGGAUGCAGGGUAAUCAAGAUGCCGUCUAUUCUGUCGAAAACGCAAGUCAGGAGAUUCAACUUUUUGUCAAUUCUCCGGAUGCUCAGCUUGUUGUCGUUGAUGGGGGUGCGCAUUUGUUGAAUGCUACGCAUCCGGGUGAGGUCAAUGGUGCCUUGGUUGAUUUUGUAAAAAGACAGGGCCUGUGAAUUUCCUUUCCUAGUUAGUUUUACUGCUUUUUUUUUUUUGGCAUGGUCGAUACGCUGUCCUGCAGUUGACCGGUUAAGUCAUCCAGGAUCCACGAAAUCUCACCCCCAGUAUGUGCUGCCCCAUUCACUGACCAAGCAGCUGAUAUCCAUGCUUCCUCUGGGGACUUUCCUCCAGCCAUCCGUUCGAUGAACAUAAACAACAAUUCCCUGUUCUAUGACUGUUCUAUGACUGUGCUUGUCAAGUAAUAUGGCAUUUAAUGGCUUUGAUCAAUACAGUGUGCAAAGCUAGUCCUAGCUAGACAUCUAACUAUUGUAUGGAAAGGUCAGCAUAUCUCUG